GACUUUUAACCCAGAGCUUUAUUGUGAAGGCGCGGGCCGGAUGUGCGCCGUGUUCCGCUCUGUGGCUUGACUCCGCGCAGCGUCGUCUCUCUCUUCCUCCGCUCGGAGGGAUUUUCUCUCCGCCGACCUGCGUCCAGUCACGGCGUCUCUGCUGCACACGGAGACCUGGAAGAGUCCGACCGGAUCCGCCCGAAGUCUGGAGCGCCCGAGCUCAUCGGAAAAUAAACCCGCGGAUGGUUCUGUCUCCAGGCGGGGGACCUGGAAACCCGGGCCCGCAGUAGGAGCAGGGAGGAGGCCCCGACGCCCCCUUGUUCUGACCCAGAAAACAGCACCGACGGCCGGGCUGCCUGUCUACUAGAAGGCCGGCUAGCCUCUGGCCACGCCGGAGCUCGCAGGCUGGCUAACGGAUAACGGGAUACUUUAGUUCUUAUUAUCGAUCAGGAGGAUUUUCUCCGCUGAGAUAAAUAAAUCGCGACCUUCUGGAGAUCGGGGAGCUGGUAGCUAGCUACCUCCGGCUAGCUGUCCCAGUUAGCUGCGUCUCUCCCCGGCUACCAGAGAGCGGAGGCUCCGGAGCGGGGACGGAGGAACCGUCUCCCGGUACUUUGUCUUCAUCCCACGGACUUCACCGGAGAAACCGACCAUGGCUGCUUUAAUCAAAGAGAUCGUCAGCAGGAAUAAAAGGCGAUACCAGGAGGACGGGUUCGACCUGGACCUGACCU